UGACCAAGUGAAGCUUAUAAAAAGAGGAUUUGGGAAAUACCUUGCUUUAGUCUUAAAACACAAUUUUAACACAUUAUCCUUUGUCAAAAUUUACAUGCGUCCAACUAAAUUUAUAUAUGGAACCCACAAAAUUCAGUGGAAUAUUUUCACCAUGAUUUCCACAAGAUAUAAAAGAUAGCUUCCACUUUGUCGUAGUUUUCAGCGCAGUUUUAAGAGGAACAAACACAGAACCAAACACACUAUUAGAGUUUUUUUAUACUGCAGAAAUUAAAUUGUCUCUUUUUAAUUAUUGUGAGACUUAAAAAAAAUAUUUACUAACAAGAUAUUUUUGCUGUAGAUGGAUCGACAUACACGUACCAUCUAAAAAUUCACAAGGAUAUCUCUUGUUUGAAUGCAAACAAAACAAUCUCUAAACAUUCAUCCACACACAAAAAAACAGAUUCCACCUUUGAAUCCAAACAAACAACCACCGAACAUGUUGAUGUUUAAUAUAAUAAUAACGAUCUCAAUAUUGACAAUUGAGCCACCGCCACUGCUAUCAAUAUAUGGUAAGGUUUAUGUAAAGUUUUGCUUCAUCGUUCGUGAAUAUCAGAAAGAUGGCAGAAUCGGUGGAGGUAGAGAUUAUCGGUAAUAAAUCAGCGCAAGACCUUGCGUUGAAUCCUGAAAAUAUUCCAAAUAAUUAUAUCCACAAAGAAGGUGGUGUUGGAUUUCGUGAUGCUCUUCUUCCUUCCGAAUCAGAUGAUAUUGAUAUUCCAGUCGUUGACAUCGGCAACCUCACAUCUCCAACUACAGCACAACAGGAGCUUGAUAAACUCCACUCUGCACUCUCUUCUUGGGGAUUAUUUCAGGCAACAAACCAUGGUAUGACAAGCUUGUUUCUUGACAAAGUGAGGGAAAUUUCAAAGCAAUUCUUUGAUCUUCCAAGGAGAGAAAAGCUAAAAUAUGUAAGGGAACCAAACGAUAUUGAAGGAUAUGGAAAUGAUGUAAUAUAUUCAGAAAAUCAAAAGCUUGAUUGGAAUGACAGAUUAUUUCUGAAGGUACAUCCUGAAGAUCAGAGGAAUUUCAAAUUUUGGCCCCAAAAACCCAAUGAUUUCAGGAAUACUAUAGAACAAUAUAUCGAAAGUUUAAGGCAGUUAUAUGAAGUAAUUUUAAGGGCCAUAGCAAAGUCAUUGGACUUGGAAGAGGACUGCUUCCUAAAUGAAUGUGGAGAGGAAGCUUCAAUGUCUAUGAGAUUCAGUUUCUACCCCCCAUGUCCUAUGCCUGAUCAUGUUCUAGGCGUGAAGCCGCAUGCUGAUGGAUCAUCUAUAACUAUUUUGCUGCAAGAUAAAGAGGUAGAAGGCCUCCAAGUCCUCAAAGAUAAUCAGUGGUUUAAAGUUCCAAUCAUCCCUGAUGCUCUCGUGAUUAAUGUUGGUGAUCUAUUAGAGAUAAUGAGCAAUGGAAUAUUCCAAAUCUGUUCAAAUUCGGACCUUUCUGUAUAUGAUCUCCGGCGGAAAAAAGAAAAUCUUAGCUAUAAAUUGAAUUUGACGGGUUUGGGAAGUGUUUCAUCGCAUUUUCCUUCGAUUUGCAUAUUCCUUCCUUCCAUGGCUAUAUUCCGUGUCGCCGUGAACAUGGCUCGUCGUCGUUUCUCCACUGGUGCUGGUGGAGCUACUCCUCCUCCUCCUCCUGCUGAGAAUGCUAUGAAACUGGAAGCAGCUGAAACAAAGCUGCAAGACCUAAAGGCAAACAUGGCCAUAUUGGGGAAAGAAGCAGCUGCAGCAAUGACUGCUGUUGAAGCACAGCAACAGAGAUUAACGCUCCAGCGUCUUAUAGCUAUGGUUGAAGCAGAGCGUGCCUAUCAUCAAAGAGUGCUCCAAAUACUUGAUCCAUCAAUGGCUAGUGACUACUCCUCCUCCUCCUCCUCCUCCUCCUCCUGAAGUUCCUUAAGUUCGGAAAUUAGACUUGUUAAUAAUUAUGGUGGUUAGUAGUGUGGCUGGUGGUGUCUCUGUACACAUUGCUUCUGCUAUAUAUCCUCCUCUAAUUCCAAAGUUGGCAAGGUUGGUAAAGGGGCCGGAUCCAUGGGAGGAUGCAUCCGA